GCAGACCUACGCCUUAUAAAAAAAACCAUUUCAUGUGCGGAUAUCUUUUUGUUUUUUUUUUGGGCACCAUUUGAUAAUAUUCCGAGGUCAUACUUCAGUGCAACGCUUUUUACUGAGUGAAACCUAUUUCACGCAUAACGGUUUUUCUUUGGGUGUAGCUGCACGCACUUUGAUUUUUCUUCAAAAAAUUCAAACUAAUGUGAUAUAACUACAAAUAUAUAUCGUUAAAAUGUCGUAUAAGCUACUUGCUGUUUUCUUCUUAUGUGUUUCAAAAGGAUCUGCAUUAUUUAAUGAUAAUUGUGUGGUUCCACCUUUAAUUUGUCCGAAUAAAAAUAUAACUUUUUGGCUAUACACCAGGGCAAACGAAAACAAUCCUCAUGAAUUAAAGGUCUCGGACACAGACUCCAUCGCUUCAGCUCCAUGGGUUAAAAAUAGUCCAAUUAAGGUUUUAAUACAUGGUUAUACAGGACACAAAGAUUUCUCUCCAAACACGGAAAUAAGGCCAGCGUACAUGGAAUGCUGUAACUACAAUAUAAUAACUGUCGACUAUAAUAAAAUCGCAUUGGAGCCUUGUUACUUGCAAGCUACCCGAAACAUUGAGCUGGUAGGGAUGUGUCUAGCGCAGUUGAUUGACGAGAUGGUACAGAAUCAUAAUUUCCAGCUGAAACAAUUUCAUGUUAUAGGAUUUAGUCUAGGCGGGCAAACUGCCGGUUAUUUAUCAAAUUAUCUAAAGUCAGGCAAACUCGACAGAAUUUCAGCACUUGAUCCAGCGUUACCAAUGUUUGCAACGUCGGAUAAAAUGAAAAAACUCGAUUUUAAUGACGCGCACUAUGUCGAUGUGCUUCACACUAACGCGUUGGCAAAAGGGAAAUUAGAAACUAGUGGUCACGCAGAUUUUUAUUCUAAUGGAGGUGUCGUCCAGCCUGGUUGCAAAUCUACUAAAAACCAGACAAAAUCUGGUUGUGACCACGCAAGAGCGCCGAUCUACUACGCAGAGUCAAUUUUAACAACUACAGGAUUUUACGCAACAAGGUGCUACUCGUGGAUAACUUACAUAAUAGGAUUGUGUAAUUUAUUCCCAUCAAGUGAAGAAGUACUAUACGGAGAAUAUAUUUCAAGGAAUACUACAGGUAUUUUCUUCUUUAGUACCAAUUCAGAACCUCCCUACGCUCGUGGCUCUAUGAUCAAAACUGGAAGAUCUUAACCAACGAUUUGGAACAAUAAUAAUUUAAAAUGCUUAGUAA